AUGUCACUGAAAAAUCAAACUUUAAGUUACUUUAUUCUGUUAGGAUUUUCAGAAGUACACUAUAUCAUUUCAUUUCUGAUUGCAGUUCUAUAUGCAAUGAUUCUUAUGGGGAAUUUCACCAUCUUCAGCAUCAUUCAAAUUGAUUUCCAUCUUCAGACACCUAUGUAUUUUUUUCUCAGCUACCUAUCUAUCUUAGAUAUCUCUUAUUCUUCAGUCACAUUUCCUGCAAUGCUGUUCAACUCCAUAACAGGAAAUAGAAGAAUAUCUUUCCUUAGAUGCAUGGUACAACUGUAUUUUUUCAUCUCAUUUGGAGGCGCUGAGUGUCUCCUGCUUGCUGCUAUGGCUUAUGACAGAUACGUGGCCAUAUGUAUCCCACUGCAGUAUCCUGUCAUCAUGAACAAAGUCCUGUGUUCCCUUCUAGUUGCAGGAUCCUGGAUCUGUGGUUUCCUGAAUGCUGCAAUUCACACAGUGAUGACAGCUCAAUUGUCCUUCUGUGGCAUUAGACAUGUCAAUCAUUUCUUUUGUGAUGUGCCACCACUAUUAAAAGUCUCUUGCACCGAUACCCACACAAAUCAGUUAUCGCUGUAUGUUGUCAAUGUUUUCAUGGGGAUAAUUACUUUUACAUUUGUAAUCAUUACUUAUGUACAUAUCAUUUCUACAAUUCUAAAAAUCUGUUCAGCUGUAGGAAGAAGGAAAGCUUUCUCUACUUGUUCUUCACAUCUUACUGUGGUUACAGUGUUUUAUAUCACAGGAAAUUUUAACUAUAUUGGUCCAGCUCCUGGAGAAUCUUUUGAUAUGGAACAAUUGUCAUCUGUGUUAUACAGUAUAAUGACUCCUAUGUUAAACCCUGUAAUCUACUGCUUGAGAAACAAAGAUGUAAAACAAGCUAUAAGAACUGUUGUGGUUGGAAAAUGUGUUUCCUUAAACAUAUGA